AUGAGGAUAGCAAGCGCGGUCGCGGCGGCGUGCCUAGGGCUGCUCGUGAUGAUUCUGGCCCUCGACGUCAACCUUAUGUCCUUGACGAACUUGAUCGGGAUUCAAGUGCUAAAGGGCUGCGCAUGGGCUGUCGACCUGAGGGCCUCGGCCUCGUCGUCGUCGGAAAUCCACGCAUCGCCGGUCUCCUGCGACCGAUCUCAUGCCACCUACGACCUUUGCACCGUCGACGGCCCCGCUUUGCUGGACCCCGCGACGGCGACGAUCUCCUCCUUGGAACGGACCUCGCCGCCGCGCGCCCCGGUAAAGAUCCGCCCUUACACGCGGAAGAGGGACCGGAGCGCGCUCUCGGGGGUCAGAGAGGUGACCAUAGCCUCCUCGCCCCCGCCCAACGCCACCUGCGGCGCCACGCAGGCGGCCCCGGCCCUCGUGUUCAGCGCCGGCGGCUACACCGGCAAUUUCUUCCACGAGUUCAGCGACGGCCUCGUCCCGCUCUUCAUCACCGUCGAGUCCAUAUUCCCCGACCGCGACGUCACCCUCGCCGUCGUCGACUGUCGUGACUGGUGGCUCCGCAGGUACGCGGACGUGCUCUCCCACUUCAGCCGCCGCCCGGUCAUCAACCUAGACAGGCAGAAGGAGACUCUCUGCUUCCCGUCCAUCACCGUCGGGCUGAUCAAGCAUGGCCCGAUGACUAUCGAUCCCAAGCUGCUCCCGCAUCCGAAGAGCCUGCGCGACUUCGCCUCCUUCCUCGACGGCGUCUACGGCGGCGGCGGCGCGGCGGCUCCUCUGCCGAGUGCAGCGGCCGGGGGAAGGCCGCGGCUGGUGCUGGUGAGCCGGCCGAGGAGCGCCGGGCGCGCGUUCCUGAACCUGGGGGAGCUGGAGGCCCUGGCGGAGAGGAUCGGGUUCGAGGUUCGGCGAUUCGCGCCGAACCGGGGGACGCGGCUGGCGGAGUCGUGCAGGCUCGUGCGGGGGAGCCACGCCAUGGUAGGGGUGCACGGGGCGGCGAUGACGCACGCGGUGUUCCUGAGGCCGGGGUCGGUGCUGCUGCAGGUGGUGCCGGUGGGGACGACGUGGCUGUCGGAGGCCUACUUCGGGAGGCCGGCGAGGGAGAUGGGGCUGGAGUACGUGGAGUACAGGAUCGGGGCGAACGAGAGCAGCCUGGCGGAGGAGUACGGCGCCGACAGCGUGGUGCUGAGGGAUCCGAGGGCGGUGGUGGGAGGGGAGUGGAAGAACAUGCGCCUGUAUCUGAAGACGCAGAACGUGAGGCUGGACCUGGGGAGGUUCAGGGCGUCCCUGGAGAGGGCCUACGUCAAGGCCAAGGCGUUCAUGGAGACUGGAGAGUCGAGUUAG